GUGUGAGGCUCCUCGCACAUACUUCACUUCCUCAUUUUCGUCUAGCCUCGCGUCUGGCAGCGUCUGCUCUGCUUCUAAAAAAGUUCUUUAGGCUUCCUGUGCGACAAGAUCGUGCCCAGAUAGACUCAAGGUUCAAUCUAAAUAUUCGAUCAUCAUGACUGGCUGCAAUUGCUGGCGAUGUCAAUCAUCGCUGUUAUUCUUCCAAGAUCUGAAACAGCAGGAGGCAUUCGAAGAUAUGUAUUUAUACCAUCCUGGUUCAUCCUCUAGCAGAGGCCUUUCAUCGCCGUUUUGGUGUAUCCCUGGGCUCUUAUCGUCCACACAUUUCAAGUUAUCCACCUGCACAAUUCAAUGGCAAUGCCCAUAUCAGACCUGGUUUUCAUCUCUAUUCUGCUUCAGAUGCUGUUAUAUGACGAGACUUUCCUCAAUCCUACCAGUCGGAUGCUACUAAAUAAAAUGAUAGGAAUGUAUACCUGCCUCUUCCUAGAAGCAUUAUAUCUGUUAAUAUUCCGGAGGAAGAGAUCCAAGGUCAUCGUUGUAAUGACAAUCUUGAACAUCAUCAUGUGGUCCGUCGUAACCACUAACGUCGGCCUGAACAUGGGCAUUAACACCGUGAGAUUUCUCCGACAAAAUGGCAUUGAAAACGUUACAGUUUUCGAUGAGUAUGCUACACCAGAGAUAUACUUGCAGUUAGCGUUAGAAGGCAUCAAUAUUGUGAUCGGGGACGGUGUGGUAAUAUGGAGAGCAUGGCUCUUGUGGAAUCAAAGACGCUGGAUCCUUGUCGUGUCUUCGUUCUUGCUUCUGGGCACAGGCGUGACAAUCGCCAAUGUGGCAUAUGCGUUGAGCAUCUCCCCCAUAACACUGGAUAAUCUGUUCGACGACCCAAAGCUAUCCACCUGGGGAAUCGCGGCUAUGGCACUGACAACAAUGACCAAUCUCUUUGCCACAUCCUUGAUCGUCUAUCGUGGAUGGACUCAUCACCGAUUACUUCGCUCCCUGACCGGUGAAUCUGUGAUAUCUCAUUUUUGCAAACAGAAUGGGAUUCUUACACUCUUGAUUGAGUCUGGCGUCUUUUAUUGCUGCACAUGGAUUGCUACAAUCAUUCUAUUUGUCGCUACCAAUAAUGGAAUAACCCUUAUGUUGGAUGUCUUGUCCCAGCUUACUGCCAUCUAUCCAACCCUAAUUAUCAUCCUUGUCUCCCUGAGAUCCACGCUUGACAUAGCCAUACAAAGCGUUGAGCAGACAUGCAGGCAGCCAUCCACGAGCCCGAGACCUCUAUCAUUGCACACCUCACCACUAAGUGUUGCGGUGGAGACGGCAGUGUACGUCUCCAGUGAGAAUAUUGAGUCCUUCCCGGUCGAUAGCCUCAAGUCUCAGGAUGUAAAGGAUUCAACGACGUUAUGCUGA